AUGGACGUCCGCCUCCUGGCUCGCAGCCUCCGCGCCAGGCCGACGCCAUUCCUCCAACAGCGAACCCAAACGCUACCCCGAACCACCCUAGCCACCUCAGUUCGCUUCAACUCCUCCUCCUCCGACGCCCCAACAGACGCCCCAGCACCCCCUCCAGCCGCGUCCUCCACACAACCCACAACCAAAACAGUAACAGCCACACGAGGCAAGAAACCCUCGGACUUCGACGACAUCCUGGACAGACUUGACCUGAAACAAGACUCCCCCCAGCGCGGCCGCCGCAUCUUCACAGACAGCCUCUCCCGCGCCGUGGGCCAGGGCGCCAUCGGCAGGGGGAGACGCGCCGGCGGCCCACCUCCCCAACGCACAAUCGACCUGAAGCUCGGCCCAUCGCUUGGUCGACAGGCAUUUGUCGAGCCUGAGCGUGGCCAGGACCUUGCUACUGCGCUGCGCAAGCUUAACACUACCAUUACGCAGAAUAAGCUUCGUCAGUCGUUCAAUGCGCAACGUUUCCAUACGCGGAAGGGUAUGGUUGCUAAGCAGAAGAAGAUGAUGCGGUGGAGGAGGCUGUUUAAGGUCUCGUUCCAGAGUACUGUGCAGAAGAUUCAGCGGAUGCAGACUCAGGGUUGGUGA